UCCUGAGUCUGGAGUCAUGGCAACCAAGCCCAAGCUCUACUACUUCAAAGGCAGAGGGCCGAUGGAGUCAAUCCGUUGGCUGUUGGCUGCAGCUGGAGUGGAGUUUGAAGAACAAUUUCUUGAAACAAAAGAACAAUAUGAGAAGUUACAGAAGAAUGGAUGUCUGCUUUUUGGUCAAGUGCCUCUUGUUGAAAUGGAUGGAAUGAUGCUGACACAGACCAGAGCCAUUCUCAGCUACCUUGCAGCCAAAUACAACCUGUAUGGCAAGGACUUGAAGGAGCGAGUGAGGAUUGAUAUGUAUGCUGAUGGAACCUUAGACCUCAUGUUGAUGAUUGCAGUGGCUCCAUUCAAACCCACUGAGGAGAAGAAAGAAAGCUUGGCUUUGGCAGUGACAAAAGCCAGAACCCGGUAUCUCCCUGUUUUUGAAAAGAUUCUGAAAGAUCAUCAGGAAGAUUUUCUUGUUGGCAACAAAUUAAGCUGGGCAGACAUACAAUUGUUAGAAGCUAUAUUGAUGCUGGAAGAACUUGAUGGUUCUGUUCUUUCUGACUUUCCUCUGCUGCAGACAUUUAAAACCAAAAUCAGCAAUAUCCCUACCAUUAAGAAGUUUCUGCAGCCUGGGAGUCAGAGGAAACCACCACCAGAUAGUCACUAUGUGUCUGUGGUCAGGGAUGUCCUGCAAUUUUAAAGUCUGAGGACAGCCAAGAGAAACAAUUUAGUCACUGCAUCAGUAUGUGUCUCUAUCUGCACAAUGUAGAUUCUAGAAUUACUGCAGUGAAAAGUACCAUAAUGUCAUAAAUACAAAAACUUAAUUAAAAAAA